AUGCCCCCCGAUGCAGCGACUCUACCAUCCUUACCAUACAUACCACCGUGGAAGGGGCGUCCUUACUCGGUGGGGGGCAAUAUGCAUUCCCACGGUCAGGCCACCAGGCCGAUCUCAUAUCAUAGUGGCACUUCUUCAGUACCACGACCUAGGUUUCCCAAUAUCAAAGACCUGCAGGACCAAGCAGCGUUGCUGAGCACGAGCGAGAACCUUUCGAUCGAUGUGUUAAUGAGGAUAGCCUAUGAGGCGAUCCAACAAGCGAAAAGACUCGCAGAUGAUGAGGAAUCCGACAGAGCUUAUGUGGAGUAUCUGCGAGCCUCGGAGAUUACCAUAAACCUCAUUCCUCACCAUCCAGAUUACCGGACCAUAACUACCCAGCGCCCCGGAUUUUACAAUGAGUUCGCGACUUUGAUGCGGGUCGUACGAACAAAGCAAGGAACAAUGGACGCAAUCAAGCAGGAGAUUAUCGAGGACAAUUUGAAGACCCAUGUACAACCCACUGGGUCAUUUUCACCAAAACUAUCUAAAUCGCAGCCCGCGUCUACUACGUGGGGACUUGAGAACCGUGACAGAGCAACGAGCGAUGCAAGGAUGCCGAGCCCUACCCAGUUUCAACAGUCAAACUCCAAGCGAUUCUCAAGUCCCGUAGACGACAUUUUGGCACAACGAUUUGCAAGGCUGAAGAUGCAACCCCGCGACCAUGAAUUGCAUAUUCCCUCAGGACCUACGGGGCAAGUAUCAAGCUAUACGUCUAACACUCCACCCAGUAAUUCUGGCCUUUCAUAUGCGCCACCAACCAGGCGGCCCCUGGGCCCUCGCAGCAUGGGUUCCUCAUCACCCGCUCCAAACGUACCACCAAAAUUACCUCUCGCAACAUCUCUUCCCCGUGCUCCCGAUCCCGCCUACAGUCCCAUCUACACCGUUCCAUCGCAACCUCCACCACCGAACCCUCCAAGAACCUCAACCGAAAGCACACGAUCAUGGAGUCGACGCUAUUCCCAGCUUGCCAAUUCUCCGCAUGGAAGCCCUAGCCCUGGCGUUCAUGAUAGUCCGUACAGGUCACAAACACCUAAUGGUGUCUUUGCUGCGCGCAGUAAUUCUCCCGACUUACCAUUCAGUUCAACUGUUUCAGCACCAGACCUCCUUGAUUAUAUGCGAAAAUAUAGCGUACUACUGAUCGAUGUUCGCCCUCGAGAUCAAUAUGACAACGGCCAUAUUUAUGCCAAGUCCAUCAUCUCCAUCGACCCGGUGGCUUUGAAAGAGAAUGUGUCAGCGGAAGAACUUGAGGAGCGCUUGGUUGUGUCCCCAGAAUACGAACAAGCACUAUUCGAACGACGGAAUGAAUUUGAUCUCGUUGUCUAUUAUGAUCAAAGUACGGCGUCGACUAGCUACCUUGCAGGCUCACCGGUUGGAACGUCAGCGCCACAUUUGAGAGCUCUUUACGACACUUUGUAUGAAUUUAACGAAUAUAAACCACUUAAGGCGGGGCGCCCUCCUGCUCUACUCCUCGGUGGUCUGGAUGCUUGGAUUGAUCUCCUUGGCCCACAGUCGCUUGCCACUUCUUCGACUGCGGCUGUCAUGGGGUCACUGCAAAACCGGAAGCCUGUUCCGAAACCAGGUCGCCCCCUGGGUCGAACACCUACCGUGGCCAGCGCCAACUCCAGUCUUGAAGUGCGCAAACGGAGGCUUCGAGGGUUCACGCCUCUCAACAACGAGGAAUUGUCGGCAUGGAUGGAAAAGUCUAAAAAUGAGGAAAUUGACACAAGCACUUACUUAGCAGAGGAUUCGGAAUCGGUGAGCGAGGAACCUGAACAGCUGGAUAAGAACGAACACGCUCCUGCCCCGUUCGUUCACACGUACGAAGAUUUCUUGCGCCGCUUCCCAGAGCCGCAUCAUGUCCAGCAGUCGAUGGUAUAUGCGGAAUCUGGACCUGUUGCACCUCUAGUUCCCAAUUAUGAUGCUCCCGCCAUCCCUGUAGCUCCGUCUCGGCCGCCUCCUGCUAUUUCGCGGCCUAGUUACAGUGGGGUUGCAGAUGGUCGGCAGAUCCAGCCUCAUUUAGAGCGACAGAAUUCGGCCGUUCGAACUGCCUUGUAUACGCCUAGUUCUCUUCUCAGUCGCUUGAAACUUCCGCGCACCGGACUGACCAAUUUUGGUGUUACCUGCUACAUGAAUUCUACACUCCAAUGUCUGAGCGCAACUAUCGUGAUGAGCAAAUUCUUCAUUGACGAUAGAUUUCGCUACUAUGUACAAAAGAACUGGAAGGGGUCGCAGGGUGUGAUGCCUGGCCUUUAUGCGAACCUGAUCCGGUCCCUCUGGAAGAACGACGUGGAAGUGAUCAUGCCAACCUCAUUCCGCAACUUCUGUGGUAGAUUGAACCAAGAAUGGGUCAUCGAUCGACAGCAGGAUGCCAAGGAGUUUUUCGAUUUUGUGGUGGACUGCCUCCAUGAGGACCUGAACAUCAAUUGGCAGCGCAAUCCGCUCCGGCCAUUAACGUUUUCAGAGGAGAUGCAACGGGAGAGAAUGCCCGUACCUAAAGUCUCCAAGAUCGAAUGGGACCGAUACAGCCACCGGGAAGAGUCAUUCAUCUCAUCCCUCUUUGCUGGGCAGCAUGCAAGCCGGCUUCGGUGCACCACUUGUCAAAAGACCUCCACUACGUACGAGGCCUUCUAUAGUAUCAGUGUGGAAAUUCCUGCCACUGGUACUGGAGACAUCUACCAGUGUCUUCGCAGUUAUUGUCAAGAAGAGAUGCUGAGUGGUGAUGAAGUUUGGAAGUGCCCACACUGCAAAUGCAAGCGCAUGGCGACCAAACAAAUCAUUAUGACACGAGCUCCACAAAUUCUGGUGGUCCACUUUAAACGUUUUUCUGCCUCCAAGACACAAAGUGCACGGAAGAUCCACACCCCCAUUGAAUUUCCUCUGCAUGGACUGCGCAUGGAUGAUUUUGUCAUUAACUAUCCCAUCCCGACUACCGAUUCGAAAGCACCACCCGCCACCGGUGCCACGGUCCCCCCAUUCACAUAUGACGCGUUUGCUGUUCUCCGCCAUAUUGGAUCGUCCAUGGGUAGUGGACAUUACAUUUCCCUUGUGCGCGAUGCCGAGCGUCAAUGUUGGCGCAGAUUUGAUGACGAAAGGGCAACCGAUUUCAACCCGCGUGAUCUCAGAGGGCGAGACCGGCUGCAAAACGAGCAGGCGUACAUAGUCUUUUAUGAGCGAGUCCCAGCGAAAUGA